GCUGUCACGAAAGAGACGAGAAAGGAGGUGGCUGGCCUAGAUAGGCCAUGAUGCUUUUUACUCAAAUCCUUUGUACACGGAGUUGCGUUGACAGAACCACGCUUUGUUGUGUCAGUUACGGGGACAACGUGUUGUUGCGCUUCAGGAGCGACUCAGACUGUAACACGGACGUUGAAUAAAAAAAACCUCAAGGACUGAAACAGACACCAGGCUGUGUCCACACAUGACCGAGCUAUGUCAAGUUUAAAGAAAAGAAAUUCGAAUUCGUCUGCCGAUCGCGAUGUAGAAGACAAGGAGGUUACGGAGAAGAUGCUGUCUCCAGUCGGAGGGGAGAAUGGAAACUCAAGCCGAACAGGAAGCCCACUGGGAAGCCCGGACAAGGUAUCCGUGCCGGGGGAUGACAAGGUUGUGCUAGAGAGAACCAUUACCCUGGUGAACGGCGUUGCUAUCAUUGUGGGUACCAUAAUCGGCUCAGGUAUCUUUGUGACCCCGACUGGAGUGGUGAAGGAAGCUGGGUCAGUCGGACUGUCCCUUAUCGUUUGGGCAGUGUGUGGAGUGUUCUCAACUAUAGGUGCCCUAUGCUAUGCUGAGCUGGGUACCACUAUUUCUAAAUCAGGUGGAGACUAUGCCUACAUCCUUGAAGUCUAUGGUUCCUUGCCGGCUUUCCUGAAAUUGUGGAUCGAGUUGCUCAUCAUCCGGCCGUCGUCUCAGUAUAUUGUCGCUUAUGUCUUCGCUACCUACCUCCUCAAGCCAAUCUUCCCUGACUGCCCAGUUCCCGAAAAUGGGGCGAAGUUAAUCGCCUGUCUUUGCAUACUGCUGCUGACUGCUAUAAACUGCUACAGCGUGAAGGCCGCCACGCGGGUCCAGGAUGCCUUUGCCGCUGCCAAGCUCCUUGCCCUGGGCCUUAUCAUCAUUGUGGGCUUCGUGCAGAUUGGGAAAGGCGACACAGUCCACCUCCUACCUGAGAAUUCAUUCAAGAAUUCUAAUUGGGACUUUGGGAACAUUGGGCUGGCCCUAUACAGUGGUCUGUUUGCCUAUGGUGGCUGGAAUUACUUGAACUUUGUCACAGAAGAAAUGAUUGAACCUUACAAGAACCUGCCUCGUGCCAUCAUCAUCUCUCUACCCAUUGUCACUGUGGUCUACGUACUGACUAACCUGGCCUAUUUCACCACGCUGAGCCCAGAAGAGAUGUUCAAGUCUGAGGCUGUGGCUGUGGACUUUGGAAACUUCCACCUGGGCCCCAUGGCUUGGAUAAUCCCUGUGUUUGUUGGACUGUCCUGUUUUGGCUCUGUCAAUGGCUCUCUCUUCACGUCGUCCAGGCUGUUCUUUGUUGGCUCGAGAGAAGGCCACCUCCCCAGUCUGCUGUCCAUGAUCCACCCCAGCCUGUUGACCCCGCUGCCGUCGCUCAUCUUCACGUGCCUGAUGACUCUGCUGUAUGCCUUCUCCAACGACAUCUUCUCCGUCAUCAACUUCUUCAGCUUCUUCAACUGGCUCUGCAUCGCCAUGGCGAUCAUCGGCAUGAUGUGGCUGCGCUACAAGAAGCCUGAGCUGGAGCGGCCAAUCAAGGUAAAUAUGGGGCUUCCUAUCAGCUUUGUCCUGGCUUGUAUGUUCCUGAUUGUGGUGUCCAUCUGGAAGACGCCGGUUGAGUGUGCCGUCGGCUUUGGCAUCAUUGCCACAGGAGUGCCGGUCUACUUCAUUGGUGUUUGGUGGCAGAACAAACCCAAAUGGCUCCUUCAGUGCAUCUACUCCACCACAGCGCUCUGCCAGAAGCUGAUGGAGGUGGUACCACAAGAAUCCUAAAGAGGACGCACGUGACCGAUCAUCUGCUCAACCCUGCCUAAACCUUGACCCUAGCUGCUCUGUGUGUUCAGUCCGUUCAGUCCCCCGACCUCCUAGAGCUGUAGUGAAGGAGAGUCAGGGCUGAUGGGCCGGUGUACCCCAUGAGAGUCCAUCCCAAAUUCCUCCGCCCGCCCCGAGGCGGUUCCCUGAGUGUCAGUGACUGUCGUUCGGAGAGGGUCGGUCAGUCUUCCCCAGUAGGGCAUCAGCUUUUGUCUGUUGGCGUGGCUUCUUCUAUUUCAGCACCUUACCGGCGGUUGAAUGGAGUGUGUGUGUGUGUGUGUGUGUGUGUGUGUGUGUGUGUGUGUGUGUGUUUGCUUGCAUAGUUUGUAUUUUUCUGGAUGCUUUUAUGUUUUCAGCUUCCCAAGGUCUGUCGUGAUAUUGAAGGCUUUGAAAUGAACUUGGCAAUGGAGAUAGGCGUAACGUUGUCUUUACUUUUAUUAGCAGAACGAAGCAAGGAGAUCGUGCACUUCACACUAACUACCCCUGACCGUUCAUUUUCACAUCCCCUUGGCCGUCAACCUCAAGAUACAGA